AUGUAUGCCCUGUUGACAGACAGCGAUAUUCGUGCCGUCACGCAGAAUGUACGAGGUUUCAGCCUCAAAACGAGAUGGGGCUGGAUGGCUGCUUGGAGAAAUGUUCCACGAGCAGAACGACCAGCGCUGCUUCUCUUGCAAGAAACACACGUCACUUCCCAGGAGGAACGGCAAACCUUGAUGGAGCGGUGGAAUUGGGUAUGGGGAUUAUCUGUCAAUGGUCCAGCGCUGUCACAUUGGUCUGUCGGAGAUCAAAAGACCGCGGGAGUUGGAAUAUUAGUAUUUUCGGAAUAUAAAGAGGAAGCGCAGCCGUGGAAGCAUCAUCUAUGGACAACCAGAACCAUGGCAGUGAAGUUUCAAGCAAUGCACAUUCUCAAUAUUUACGCACCAUCAACCAAGAAGUUAAUCCGGGAAGAUUUCUUUAAGCGUCUGCAGCUCUGGGAUCUCUCCGCCGGUGACAACGUUAUAAUGGGAAGAGAUUUUAAUUGCGUUGAAGAUCCAGUGCUAGACCGUACUGGACAGAGACUUAGCAGUCACACGGAGAGUGAGGCUCUUACUCGGUUCAUCCAGCAUUUAGGUCUUGUUGAUGCUCGUCUGCAGCUCGGUUUGGCAUUAGACGACUUGGAGUUAUCCCCUCAUGAACACUUUACGUUUUGGAGAGGAAACUCGGCGAGUAGAUUGGACAGAUUUAUAUGUCGUCCACUAGAAGCAGUUGGCUCCAAUGGCUCCAAAUUCAUCUGCCAUCCAGACCAUCUGACCAUGAUGAAGUAA